CGGAGGAUGUGAAAGGCGUGGCUGUCGCCUGUGGGCGUGUGUGAUGGUUUGGGAUUGGGGGCUUCCAAAGCUGCUUUGUCUCUGCAUCUCAAAUUUUGAAGGCAGUGAAGCAGAGCGAGGAAGUCACGCAUGCCGAGAUGGAAUAGUCUUUAUACCUAGUCUAAUGCUGCAGUUGCUUCUUCUGCGAAACCCUAUCUCGCUUCAGGCUUCAGCUUCCUCCAAUCAAAACACAACGGAAAGUGCCACUACUCAUGAUUAUUUAUGGCGCAUUCCUCCAAAAACCGAUUUCGCUCCGAUCCCCUCAAUUUCCGUUGAUCCUUUUCCAUUUUCCUCGGAAUCUUGUCAUACCGAAUGGGGACAUGGAGUGAUUAUUCAUUUAAUUCACUUACUCAUUUUGCAGGAAAGUGUGACGAGCAGAGAGAACGUGCCUAAAGCCUCUCAGGUACUCGAAAACAGUGUGUACAUUCUAAGGUUCCAUUUUUACCUACCUCAUUGAACCAUCUGGGGUUUCCUUCAGCAAUAUAUUGAAGUACCGAAUUCUGAUUCUAUAAGGGCUUUAUCUUACCUCGUGGAAACACGCUGGAUUCGCGGUUCUCUGUUGUCUUCGGCAUUCUAGGGGUACCUUUCUUGUUCCGAUUUUUUUUUUCUCUUUUCUUUCUUUUGAUAAUUUUUUGCCCCCCAAAUAUAUGUGAAUCACAUGAUGAUGUGGUGGUAAUUUCUCAGUGGGGAAGGAGGCGUUUGUUUUCAGAACCAGAAGUAUAUUUUCACGGAGGAUAUUUUGCCCAUCUGAAUCUGACCAUGGCUUUAGGGUUCUUAUUUUGAAAGGAAUUGUUAAUUUUCUGAGACGCUGGCACAAACCCCUUAUGUUUAGGGCUUUAAAAGUAGUUCUCCUUUAGGUCGCUUUCCAGGAGCCCGAAACCACUGCAUCGACCUUAAAGAUUCCCGUAAACUAGUACUGCAGGGUGAGAAAAGGAGGAAUCAAAGUAGUGUCCGUUGCGAGAUGAUGCUUCGAAACUCCUCGUUAUUCAAAACUUUCAAAGAUUCUUUUCCGGUCCUCUUGUAAUUUCCGAGUUACGGUGUGGUGGCGAUUAAUUCUGAAUAUACACGCAAUAUCGGCAAUCUUGUGCUUGCACCAGUUUUUUCAAGAGGCUAACUAGCUGAACCUGCGGCCGGCUCUUUUCAGAAAAAUUUAGGGUUGAGCUCUUAGUAAAAUGAUAAAUUGAUCCUUUUAAACUUAAAAAUAAACCUUAGGUUUUACGAAAAUGAUUAAAUUAUAUUAAUGUUAAUAUCAAUAAAAAUUUUCAACAAUUAGUUAAUAUUCCUAACAAAAUCUAAUUGUCAGGUUGAUCUUAGGGUGUUGU